AUGGCCCCAUCACUGCCCAAGACUUACCGAGCCGCUGUCCUUGAUGACAAGGGAACCAAGCUGGUUUUGAAGGACAUCGACCUCAAGCUGCCCGGCCCCGGCCAAGUCCUUAUCAAAGCACUGGCCUGCGGUGUCUGCCACACUGAUGAGUUUCUCCGGCAAGGCUUCCUGGGUAACUCCUUCCCCCGGAUCCCCGGCCACGAGGUGAUCGGAGACAUAGUCGCCGUCGGCGAGGGAGUCACCCGCGUCAGGGAGGGCGAGAGAGUUGGUGGACCGUGGCACGGUGGCCACGAUGGAACCUGCCGGUCCUGCCAGCGCGGGGUCUUCCAGACGUGCGACAACGAGGAGAUCAACGGGGUGACGAUGGACGGCGGGUACGCGGAGUACGUGCUCCUGCGCGCCGAGGCGGCCGUGCGGAUCCCCUCCGACGUCGACCCGGCCGAGGCAGCACCGCUGCUCUGCGCCGGCGUGACGACGUUCAACUCGAUGCGCCGCAUGGGCGUGAUGCAGGGGGGCCUGGUCGCGGUGCAGGGGCUCGGCGGGCUGGGCCACCUGGCGGUGCAGUUCGCGAGCAAGAUGGGCUACGAGCUCGGCGCGCACCACUACGUCGACACGAGCAGGGAGGACCCCGUCAAGGCGCUCAUGAAGCUCGGCGGCGCCGCCAUGAUCUGCUCCACCGCGCCGCACCCCAAGGCCAUCAGCCCGCUCGUGGGCGGGCUCGCGCCGCAGGGCAAGCUGAUCGUGCUGGCGCCGCUCGGGCCCGUCGAGUUCGACACGGCGACGAUGGUCACCAAGGCGGCGAGCGUGCACGGUUGGCCGUCCGGGCACGCGCUCGACUGCGAGGAGACCAUCGCGUUUGCGGGCACCCACGGCGUCAAGUGCUUGAUUGAGAAGUUCCCGUUGGACAAGGUGCAGGAGGCGUUUGAGCACAUGACGAGUGGAAAGGUUCGGUUCAGGGCUGUCCUGACGAUUUAA